AUGACAGGCCUAAUCGAGUUGAGGAGCCCUCAGCAUUAUGCAACGUCGCCAUCUCAAUGUGAUGGCGAUGCGGCCAUCAGCAGGCAAACACGAACCAAGAAGCUCUUCUCAUUCCCACAGAUUUUCAGCUUUUCGUUCAUGUACUUCGUGACCUGGAUCAUCGUGGGAGUUUACCUCUAUUUUGGUCUUCUCAAUGGUGGAGUUCUGGGACUCAUCGUCAACUAUCUGAUAGUAUUUGUGGGUGUUCUCGCGCAAGCAGCGUGCUUCGCCGAGCUUGCGUCCAUAUUACCCAUCGCUGGUGCCCAAUACUUUUGGAUAUAUAAGUUUUCAAGUGAGAAGUACCGCAGAUUCCUCACUUGGACUCAAGGAUACGCGACCUGGCUCGGCUACGUCUUUACUCUAGCCACAGUGCUGAACUCCAACACUCUGAUUAUUCAAGGGGUGAUUCAGAUCAACUACCCAAACUUUAAAAUCGAGGGAUGGACAACCCUGGUCAUCGUUUUGGCAACCUUGGCAUGCUAUACCAUCAUGAACGUGUGGUUCUUUGACUUUGUUCCUUGGUUAGAGCUCAUCGCUGGCAUCGUCAACGUCGUCUCAUUCAUCGUUACCGUCACCGCACUCCUGACGUUAUCACCAAGGAACGACCCACAGUUCUUCCUUACCACGAGUAGCAAUUCUGGCUACGUGAGCAGUUUUCUCAGUUGGGAGGUCGGCAUGCUCGCAUGCAUGUGGCUCUUCAUGGGUUUCGAAGGCGUUAUUCACAUGGCUGAAGAGACGAAAGACCCAGAGCGCACCAUACCAAAGGCAAUGGUCGCUUCCAUUGGAUUCAACGGACUCCUUGGGUUGGGCAUGCUUUUCAUUUUGAUUCUCUGUAUGCCACCCAUCGAAGACAUGCUCGCGGCCCCGAGCCCGUUCAUUUACCUCAUUGUCACUGCCACAAGAAACCUUCCAUUAUCGACGGCCAUAGGCUCCAGUAUUGCUCUAGUUCUUAUCUGCGCUGGAAUGACCAUGUUCUCUUCAGCGAGCCGGCUGACCUGGGCAUGGGCAAGAGACCGUGGAUUGCCUUCCUAUUUCGGUCAUGUCGACUCGACGACCAAGAUCCCUCGCCGAGCGGUUCUACUCACAAGCUUCAUCGUAGGCGUCAUGAGCUUGUUGAAUCUCCACCCCGAGGCCUAUAUCGCACUGGGCGCUAUCACAUCCCUUUCCACGUUAUCCAUCUACUUCAGCUACGCUUUGGUUCUGGCCGUCGUGCUGCAUCGCCGCCUGAAGGGAGAUUUCACGCUUGGAGAGUGGAACUUGGGUCGUUGGGGGCUGCUACUAAACAUCUUUGCGCUAUCCUACACUAUCUACACGAUGAUAUGGCUUCCUUUCCCUACAACCCUCCCGGUAACUGCCCAAACGAUGAACUACAGUGGUCCUGUUUUUGUCGGAGCCGGCAUGAUUGUCACCGGGCUGUGGUUUGGCUGGGCCAAGAAAACUGGAGUGCUCCAGAUCAGAAACUCAUCGUUUCCAUCUUAG